UUCCGGGGUAACAGUGCGCCCGCCGCCACCUUUCCUCCUCUUCUCGCCGCCGCCGCCGCCGCCGCCGCCGCAGCCGGGUCGCGCGGCUUCGGGUAGCGGGGGCUGAGCACCUACUCGCCGCGCCCUCUGGUUCUCGGAGGGCAGAGGACCGACUCCCUGACCCUCCGCCCUGGGUCCCCCUCAGCUUUCUUAGGGUCCGGCAUCCCCAGGGCUCCUUCCUAAUAGUCCUGGACUGAGUCCCGUCAGGUCCGGGACCCUCCCCUCGGCCACUACGGAGGGGCGGACACCUGCCUGUGUGUGUCCCCCAGUCGGGUCCUUGCUCGGCAGUCUCCUCACACCCACACUGACUGCCCAGAGCGUCACGAUUCCGUUUGCCCUUUUUCCUAACUCCACAACCUCCAGACCUCUGGUCCCUCCUGGCCCGUGCCAGUCUCCAGCGCACCCUCCCUGGGGAACCCCAUCCAAUCCCACAGAGCCUGGGCCUGGCUUAUGCCUGCCGGCCCCUUCCUGGGCAUCCCUCACUCUCGCGUCCCGUUUUCACCCUCUGCUCCUCUUGUCUCCUCUUGGAGCCCCUCCUACCCAGGGGACAGGAUGUGAGCCCCUUUAACCUGUAAUGCUGUGGCUGGCCUUUGGCCCCUACUGUGCCAUGGAGAACCAGGUGCUGGUGAUUCGCAUCAAGAUUCCAAAUAGUGGCGCGGUAGACUGGACAGUGCACUCCGGGCCUCAGUUACUCUUCAGAGAUGUGCUGGAUGUGAUAGGCCAGGUUUUGCCUGAAGCCACAACUACAGCAUUUGAAUAUGAAGAUGAAGAUGGUGAUAGAAUUACUGUGAGAAGUGAUGAAGAAAUGAAGGCAAUGCUGUCAUAUUAUUAUUCCACAGUAAUGGAACAGCAAGUAAGUGGACAGUUAAUAGAGCCUCUGCAGAUAUUUCCAAGAGCCUGCAAGCCUCCUGGGGAACGGAACAUACAUGGCCUGAAGGUGAAUACCCGGGCUGGACCCUCUCAACACACCAGCCCAGCAGUCUUGGAUUCACUUCCAAGCAAUAGCUUAAAGAAGUCCUCUGCCGAACUGAAAAAAAUAUUAGCCAAUGGCCAGAUGAAUGAACAAGACAUACGAUAUCAAGACACCCUUGGUCAUGGCAACGGAGGCACAGUCUACAAAGCAUAUCAUGUCCCAAGUGGGAAAAUAUUAGCUGUAAAGGUUAUACUACUAGAUAUUACACUGGAACUUCAGAAGCAAAUUAUGUCUGAAUUGGAAAUUCUUUACAAGUGUGAUUCAUCAUAUAUCAUAGGAUUUUAUGGGGCCUUUUUUGUAGAAAAUAGAAUUUCCAUAUGUACAGAAUUCAUGGAUGGGGGAUCUUUGGAUGUAUAUAGGAAAAUUCCAGAACAUGUCCUUGGAAGAAUUGCAGUAGCAGUUGUUAAAGGCCUUACCUAUUUGUGGAGUUUAAAGAUUUUACACAGAGAUGUGAAGCCCUCCAAUAUGCUCGUAAACACGAGAGGACAAGUCAAGCUGUGUGAUUUUGGUGUAAGCACUCAGCUGGUGAAUUCUAUAGCCAAGACGUAUGUUGGAACAAAUGCUUAUAUGGCACCUGAAAGAAUUUCAGGGGAGCAGUAUGGAAUUCAUUCUGAUGUCUGGAGCUUAGGAAUCUCUUUCAUGGAGCUUGCUCUUGGGAGAUUCCCAUAUCCUCAGGUUGACGACGAUCUGUGCUCUUCCUUUGUGUGACAUUUGAGAUGUUUUUGCCUUCUCCUAGCCUAGUACCAUGUGCUCAUAUCGAGUCUGGAGAAGGGGCUCAGCCUUUCCUUGGUGCUGUUUUUUGAGCUUUUGGAUUUAGUUAAAAUUACUUUAUUUAAAGGAUUGAGAUGAAGAGUGGAAAUAAUCUAGGUCAUUAUUUUUGCCGGGUAACUAGGCUCCUGAUGUUACGUGUAAUUUUGAGCAUAUUCUUUGUGGAUACCCUUCCUAUCCACAUUUCUAAGAAAACGAACAGUCCAUGGUAUUAGCAUUGCUGACUCCAAUUUUUAUAAUUUUUUUAAAAUUUUUAUUGUAGGAGAUGCUAGCACUUAAAAUAUAAAGCUGUUUUGUGGUUGGAAAAUGAUUCCCCAGUGUGUGUGAGGAAAUCAGUGAAAUGUCUAGAGGGAUGAAAAAUGAAUGGCUUGACUGUUUUCCUCUGGUUGAUGCUCAGUGUUUUUCUGGCAUCUUGGUCUGUACAGGCCAAAGUGCCUGGAGGCAUGUCUGAUUUAAAGGUGGUGUUGGUCUCUGCUCUUUAAGCAUCUAUUAACUUGCUAUUAUUAUGCAAAUAAGUGUUGUAUUACACAUACUAAUUUAUGCAUGGUUAGAUUAUGCAGAUGCAUCCCAAACAUGGUUAUUGAAUAAUAGGAGGGGGCUCCUUCUCUCCACCACCUUUAUAAGCAGUUUGAAGAAAAUUCUCCGGGUACCCAUGUGAACAUUUAAAGAGCCUUCACUCGCCAAAAUGUCUCUUGUAUCCUUUUUCCUUCCCAGUUAAAGUCUUCAGAUAAGUGGGAUUUAGAGAAACCGCCCAAGAUGUUAGGCUCAAGAGUGUUAGUCCCACUUUUCAAAUUUGUAAGUCUCUUUGUUUAAUAAUCUUUUCCUUAAAGAGAAAAACCUGAAACAUAAAAUGUGCACCCCAGCAUUUAGUGGGGUUUUAGUGUAUAUACAGCCUUGAUGCUUAGCUCUAGGUAGCCCAUCAAAUUAAAAUCACAUUUUCAGGAUUUAUAGCUUAUUAGAAUAUUUAUCUUGGUAAAGCCUCUUAUUCUGUCAGUAAUUUUUAAAUAAUUCAUUGUUUGGCCAGUUUGUAUAAUCCUGUAAAAUUGUGAAAAUGAGCAGAAGAGGCUCUGUACAAUAUCAUCUCUCAAACAAGUCAUAGUAGAAAACUUGAAAGCCAUCUAAUAAAAAUUCCAAAGGUUGAAAAUGUAGCUGUUAUUCUUGAGAUUCCUAGUGUCUUCAGUAAUCACUCAGUAGAAGAUGCCAAGUGAGGGAUCUGGCGUGUGGAUAGCGUCAGGGCUGUGGUCAGUUGGGAAGAGGGGGAUGUCUUUGCGGUCUGUCUUCCGCUGUGUCUGAGUGUCACACAUCAGAUCAGUCAAGUGAAAGCUGGGAAAUUCUAAUAUGAUGAACUCCCUAGUUAGCAACAACCUUUAGGCGAGGAGGGGGGACUGUAUUUCUUCAAUUAUAAUGGAAUAUCAUCACCAAACUGGGACUUUUAUUUCAAAAAAUAAUACAAGUAGCUUUGAUGCCAGCAGACCUGUUUUCCAGAGCUUUCAACAAAAGUUUGGGUGCUCUGUUGCUAAAAUCAAUAUGACUUUGGGCAGAACUGGCAUUUAUUUUACAAGCUUUGUACAAAGUUGGGAAAAAAUACUUUAUAUGUGGCUUUCUUACCCUCCCUUCUGCCCUGAAAUAAAGCACAUGAAGAAAAAAAAAUGUAUGUUCUCAGACUGGGUUAUAAAAUAAUACCUUCUCCUUGGUUCACAUUAUCUCAGUUUGAACUCCCAAGCACUCAAUGAACUGUGGCUGGUUUGGUUCCAUUGAAUCCCAAGUAGAGUCCAUAGGAGUGAACCAAAGACUCUGAGGGUCAGAAGAGAUCUCAGACAUCAUCAGAUCAAAUUUCUGCACAACAUUUCCCAAAAGCAAACAUCCAUGCUGUUUGAAUACCUCUAGUGACAGGAAACUCGUUAUUUUACAAAGCAAUGGUAGGAUCAAAGCAAUAUUCUAGUUCCAGGUUGAGGACUUCUUCCUGCUACUUAUCAUCCACUCAUACUUGAACACAGAAAAGCCUUUCAUAUAUCAUUAAGAUCACAGUGUUGAAUCCUCUGUACCUGGGCUGGGGAUAGUACCGGGGAAUUGCUUCUCCGGACCCAAAGUCAAAGCAAGGCACGGGACCUGGGUCUCUUCACUAGAGCAAGUUGAAAAGAGUGGCCCAUGGGAAAGAGCUCAGGACCAAGAGCCAGAUGGGGGGAAUUAGAACCCAGCUCUACCACAAAUCUUCAAUCUUGCUUUGUAACUCCUUAAGGCAUUGGUUACCUCCUCUCAGCCCUAAAAUAAGCAUCCUGCUCUCUCCCUUUUCUAUUUGAUUAGAGGUGAUGUGCUGAUCAAAUGAGAUUAUGGAUAUGAAAUCACCCAGAAAAUUACGAAGGACCACCCCACUUGCCCUAAUGUGGGGCUGGGGCACAGAAUAGCACUUCAGCCAUCAGUGGAAGAUUGAUUGGGAAGUGAUGUUCUUAGCAACCUCCCAGGAACCCCAGGAGCAGAAGGUGCAAGGAGCAGAGGGUGGAGCUGAGAGAAGGGAGUGUCCAGGCCUGUCCUUCCCCAGCCCAGCAUCAGGGCUCUGAUAGGGUCUUUAGCAGCCUCUCUUCCUGCUGGUGACACCAUGUGUAUCCAUGAGGCUACAGUGGGAAGAUACUAGGGAGAGUCAGUGACCUGGGACCAACAUACUGGCUGAAGGGCUGGGCUUUGUUGAGAUGAUGGUUUGCUGGAGCUAAUCAUUCUGUAGGAGUUUCACUGUUACUUGAAAGCACUGACUGAGUUUCCUCUAGGCCAGUAAUGGCAAACCUCAUAGAGCUUUCAAUGAUACUAACACCCCGCUGUGGCAGGCAUGCCAUAGGUUCUAGGCCUUAGGGUGGCAUAGCCUCAUUGGCAUGCAGUUUGGGACUCUGUAGGAAGAAAGGUUAUGGGCCACUCUGAAUGCACAGUCCUAUUAUUGUAACAUAUAAGAAUAGGGAUGUCUCAAAUUCAUCCAGGACUAUGGGGCUCCUGAGCAUUUCUGUGUCUGCCCCAGGCUGUCCAUCCCACGUGCAAGGACCUACUGUGUCCAGUCUCUGGGUGAGCAGACUGAGGGGCACAGGUGAAGCACCGUGCCUUAGGGAUGGGGACAGUUAGGUCUAGGAUUUUGAGCAGUUAAACCAAGAACUGCUCCGUGGCCUCUAGUGUGGGUGGCUGUUCAUACCUUUGUUCUCUUCCUCCUCAGCCCUGCCAGCCCUUCUGGUUUAUCUCCUCUUCCCUAGGGUGGCCUGGUGGGUGGGUAGCUGCCAAACAUCGGAAGGUUGUGCCAGUGUAGGUGAUAGCAAGGCCAUUCCUCAGAGCUCUUUGCUUUUCUUACCAUGUGUUUAGGAAAAGGACAGUGGCAUCCAGAGUCUCAGAGCCCUCACCAGCCCACAGAGCAUGUUCUGCAAUGGGAUAAUGAGAAAUUGCUUUUUUAAACAUCUUACCAACAAAAGGUCUAAAUUUCUUGAACAGUUUAGCUUUAGCAGUAAUCUGGAAAGAUGUGCAGGUAUGGACAAGGAUGGAGGCUGUGUAUAGUUAAUCAUGUAGAUCCAAAUUCAUUUGGCUUCAAAGACAAGAUGGUGGGCGAUGGUUUGUUUAUUGACUCCAUAAUUUAGGAGACGCGAGAAGGAUUGCCUGCUAAAAAUCAUCAUCCUUUAUUCAAACUUUAUAACAGUGCCCUGCAAUAGGGCCAUAGUAAACCCAUUAAGGUGACUUCUCAGGGGGUGUGUCCGCUAUGGCACUGGGAAAUUUGGUCAGCAAGAUGCCAUGGGAAGGCGAGGCUAACACAGACACAAAUGUAUUUAAAGUACUUUUGUAAGUAUAAAAAUAUUGUUCUUCUUUUGGCUACAAUUCCUGAUCUUGGUUAAUAAAUUACAUCAAAAUGACCUGAAGUUAAAAAGGGGGGGCGGAAUCUGAGCAAAUAGUGCCCCUGGUAUUGUAAAGCUUUGAAUGUUUUCACACCCCAUUAAUUUAUUACUUCUCUUUCUUCAUCUUUAAAUUUCAUUUUUUUUUUUUCAAAAAUUCCGACUCCCUGCUGCUGCAGUGAUUUUCAUCUUGUUGUUAAUUUUCCCUGCUCCAUAUGGAGCUCCAGACAUUUCACCUGGAGGCUGUACUAGAUUUUGCUGUAGUGAUCGUACUUCCGGAGGCCAAAACUGUCAUUUAGGGUUCCUGGUGCAUCUGUCUGCGCCAGGCUUUUCACUGGCAUGGAAGAGUGUGAAUAACAAAUUGGAUGCACCUGAGAUUCGGAUGAUUAGUGUGUUUUGUGAAUCUCCACGACUUGUAAGCAGAUAGCGCUGGGGGGAGGGGCGGAGGGCCUCACGGUGGCUGUGGGCGAAUCCUUACUCACACCUUCCAUUUGGGGCUCUGCGAGGGAAGUGCAGACAUCCUAGGCCGCCGGAGUGCUGAGAGAGUAACAAAUAUUUCAUCCUGCCUUGUCAUUGAUUAGAAAAGAGCCUUUAAUUUCAUUUCACCCCAUGUUGUGAUUAAUUUGCAUUCUUUGUCAGAAGUUAAUGGAGUUUUUUAUGGUUCACUCUGAAAUCCUUGAAGACAUCAGACUUGAUCUGAUGUUUAUACAACCGCCAGCGGAAUUUUUUCGUUUGAUUGAUGGCAAGCUUGAUGUUAUUCCAAACGGCUUUUUAAGCUGUUUUUAAGAAUUAUUUGAAUAAAAUGCAAGCAAGAUAUUGUUGUAAUGAUCAAGAUUAUCUGUUAAAAAUCUGUUUCAAAUAAAGAAGAUAAGUAGUAAAAAAGAUCAAAAAGAUAAGAGAAAUAGUGAAUAGUAAUUUUAUUUAUUAAAAAUACAUAAAGUGGCAGUCAAAUAAAUUAUUGCACUCUAGAUAAGAUCACUUUCAUUGAAAAAAAGUAUGCCAUCAUCUUGCCAGAUAGAAUAAUUAAGCCCAAAGUAAAAGGAAAGUCUGACUCUGAGGGAUUAGAAACCUUUACUACCAAUUGGUUGAUUCUCAUUUAUUCCCGUUAGCUGAGCAAAAUGAUGACUUAUUACUUGUCUCAAUAAAGAGGCAUUCUUAAACCCCAAUACAAGUUAAAUAUAAGUAGAAAAUAGAAGAUUUUAAGUGUAAGACUAGCAUUCCUGAUGGUGUAAUGACUGGUCUUUUCUAUAAGAUUGUACAGAAAUGAAAAUAUCCUGUUGUUAAAACCAAGACAUCCUGGCUGUUCCUGCGUAAGGGAAGUGUGUAUUCACCCCCUGUACACUGUAAUAUCGAAGUACAAGAGGAGCCAUAGGUGGCAUCUGCUUCAGAACCCCCGCUCUUUUUUUUUUUUUUUUUUUGGCACUGGGGAUCCAACUCGGGACCUUGUGCUUGCACAGCAGGCGGCGAAACCACUGAGCUAAAUCCCCGGCCCAGAACCCCACUCUUAACCAAGGAAAUAUGUUUUGCAUAUGCCUUUUGAUUACUAAUACCAUUCAUUUGAUUUGGGGGCUUUUUCUUGCUCCAGCAGGAUGUGUGCUGCUCCUGAGACUUAGUUAUAGGUCAGAAAGGUACUUAUCUGAGCACUUUCAUUUAAAACAGAUUAAUUUAUUUGCUGUUCCUGAAAGUUUGCUAAAUAAUUGGGUGGUUUUAAUUGAAGUUACUGCUUUCUGAUCCUUGCGUUAACAUGAUCUAAGGUCCUUUUUAUUGUAUGUAAUCCAUAUUAUUGACCAGAUUUGCCCUGUUUUCAUUUAAAUGUAAGCAGCUUGUUAAGGAGAAAAUAUUUUGUUUAACUUAGCUUGGAAGCCUGCUAUUUGAAUAUUUGGGUUUUGUUUUUUUGAUUUUUCUAACUGACAGACUGUCUUUUAAAUAUUCAUU